AUGGGUGACAAGUCGUGCUAUAUGGGCGCUGGAGGUUACUCGGGUUACAUGGGCAGCGGAACUGGCGGAGGAGGCUAUGCUCGGGAAGAAUAUGCAGGCAAUGUUCAAUCUGGUAAUAAACAAGCAGCGGCACCGCAACCGUACCAGUCGUACGGCGGUUCAACCUCGGGCUACGCUGGAAACGUUGGUGGAAGUGACAACCAGGCAUCAUGCUAUUUUGGACCAAAAUGA